UACCAACUACAAGUAAAACAGCACUUAAUCUCGUUCAGGUACAUUGAAAGACCAUAUGCCAACGCCUUGCACAUUGAUUUCGAAUCAAAAAGUCAAUCAAGGCAGUAAAAUUGUUUGGUACAGAAUACCGCACGGAACCGAAUCGAAUCAAAUCAAACCCGAUAGGUGAAAAAACAUGACAGUAGAUUCAGCGCCAGAACCAGAGCCAGCCGUAGAAGUAUGUCUGACACCACCAGCAUCACCACGAACGGCAACUCCGCACAGCCAUUUGCUCGAAGCGUACGAGACCCUAAAAACCGAAAAGGAGUCCCUGACAGCCCUUGUCCUGUUGAAAACUGCGGACGAGGCCAACGUCCAACUCGAGCUGGACGAAACAAAACGGCUCUUAGAAGAAAAGACUAAGAAGAUGGAGGAGAUGGACGACCGCCUGAAGCUCAAGUCGGUGUCGAUCGAGUGCCAGCUUUCAGAAGCCGAGGGCAGUGCCAUGGACCAAAUGUGUGCCACAAUCAAGGAACGCGAUCUUUGGAAGGAUAAAGCUUCCGAGUUGGAGUCGAAGCUCGAGCAGCUCCAGAUGAAGGAGCAGUCGCUUUCCCAAGAAGUCGAGACCCUGACUAGCCGAGAUCGUCUCCAAACGGCGACCAUCGAAACAUCCCGCCAGGAAAUCGCCCGUUUGACGAAGGAUCUUCUGAGCUUCGAGGACCGUUUUUCCUCAUUGGCAGACAAGGCCGUUGAAGCAAUUGUGAGUGGCUCGGGCACUUCGACAGGGGACAAUCGCCAGGAGCCCCCCGGACAAGAAUCGCAAGGAAACGAACAAGACGAACGCGUGCGCACCCUGGAAGCCCUGGUGAAGGAACUUCGGAGUAGCGCGGAAGAUUCCAAUAGCGCUCUGCUAACUAAGCUUUCCGAACAAAAAAAACAGUGGGACACCGAACGUGCUGCUCUACAGCAUAAAAUCGCUGGUCUGGUGGAGGAGAAGGAAUCGAUCGAAAAAGAAGUUGCGGAAAUUGCUGAGUUGCUGGAAAAAGACCAAAAGCAACAGCGGUACAGUGGUGCCACGGAAAUUGAGGUCAAUGUUUUGAAUCCUACGAAACCGUCCUCAGUUGUCGAGUAGAACGUAAAAUAUACCUAGCCGAAUCCGUUGUAUUGUGUUUCGUUGCAUGCAAUACAACACGACGAGUCAAUGCUUUACGGUUAAACAAUUGGAAAUCGAAAAAUCGGAUUUCUUGCAGACGCGAUGCAUGCAUUAUUCAAAAGAUAAAAAUAAGAUUUCAUGUGAUAAAUUACUCAGACGUUU